ACUUCCUGUUUUCUAUGUGAACUUCCGGUAAACUUUCCACGUCUGGAAUAGAACAUAAGGCUAUUGUAAAUAAGUAUGAGUCAUUCAGCUCCCUGGAGCUAUCAGCCACAGAACACAGAUCCAGGGGGAGUCAAGCUUUUCAAUCCAGCUCAGUUUGCAGAGCAGACAAAUGGCCCAAGUCAAUUUAAUCCAGUACAACAAGAUGCAAGUACUGGACACCAACAAGAAGCAUUCAAUGGACAACCAGAAAAUUACAACAUGGGGCAUGAUCCUUCUUGGAACUGGAAUUAUACUCAACAAGAUCAAAGUCAAAUUGCCCAAAAUCCAAACAUGUAUGGACACGAUGGACAAAUGUAUUACGACCAAAAUCAAGGACAGUGGGUAUUUUAUGGACAGUAUGACCAAACACUUGGUUAUGAUCCAAGUCAAGGUAACAUGCAACAAGAACAGCAGUAUAAUGGAUCUAACAUGGAGGCCCCAUCAGGAAAUUUUGCAGAAAAUUUUCCUCAAAACUUUAAUCAGUAUGGUGGUAAUUACACAGGUUAUGAAUAUAGUGAGAACAUGGUGACAAAUAGUCACCCUUUAAGUGAUGGUGAGCAUCAUGAACAAAAUACAGAUCAGUCUGUUGAUUCUGCAAAGUUGGAUCAGUCAUCAACUAGUCAGGGAAUGUCAGGAUUUUUUCAGAAUGAUGAUUAUGAGACAGAAUCUAACACAGGGACUUAUGAUAGUUCAUUCCAAGAAUCAUCUCUUCAGAAUUCACUGGAUCAAAUGCAUGAAGAAAAGCAUGCAAAUGAAGUUAUUAAGCAAGAGAUCAGUGGUGAAAGCCUGCAAACCUUGAAUUAUUCUACAGGAUCGCUGGAUACAGCAGCCAAUCCCGUGUCAACUGCAAGUGUUCAACAGAUCACUGAUCAAUUGCAGAAUAUAUCUGUGUCAACCCAGGGACAGUUUGAAGAGUCAAAGGAAAGUGAGACAAACACACAGCAUCCUAUUGUGGGAAAUGAUUUGAACCAGUCAGCCAUUCAUGGACAAGUGAACAGCACAGGUAAUGUGUCUGAAAAUGUGUCGGGAGGAAGUCCACAUUCUGAUGAUCAGCAAGGAUUGAGUGACUGGGAAGUGGUGCCCCCAGAGUCCAGUCAGAUGUUGGAGGUUCCUGGGGGAGAAACUAAGCACAGUCGAGAAGGGUCUCUGGACAAUAAUGUGCAGUUUUUCAUUGGCUCUGGGAAAAACUCAGAUGAUGGCUCAGCGAGACACACUCCUGAAUCAGCUCAACAGGGUCAAAACAACACUAAUUUAGAAAAAGAGAAGGAGAAUACUACUGAUAACUUACAAGUCACAACAGAACAUCUCCAACCACAGCUUACAUCAUCUCCCAAUGUUUCUCCAGGCAAGAAUAAAACAGAAGAUGGGGUUGUAAAUAAAGCUCCCCCUCCUGUUGGUCCACCACCAAGUGGGGCACUUAGUGAGAAAAAUAACCCAUUUAGGAAAGACAAAGCAAAUGCUUCAAAGAACACAGAUACAAAUGCACUAAGUAUAUCACAGCCUUUUUCUAGGUCCAAUCAUCCACAGAUGCCAAGCCCUAUAGUAGCCAGCUCAGAGGAUUCAAUGAGGGUAGCUCAGAAAACACAACCACAAAGUCCAAUCAUGCCCCGAAAGGAAAGUCCGUUUCAGCCACCAAACAGGAGACGCACUUUGUCAUCUCAGUCUAGUGAAUCAGAGGACCAGCCAAAAUCUGAAAAAGAGGUCAAGGCCAAUAGCCCCAGUGUUCCCAGCCAAAUAUCAAGUUCUAGGGAGUCUUUGACAUCUACUUCUUCAAAGCAGGGACAGGAGAAUGAGAAAUUAAAACGACCACCAAGGGACAUGACAAAGUCUCGACCCCCAGUGGGGUCAACUCGGGGAGUGAUGUCUCCACGACGAAUCGAAUCAGCGUUUCAACAGGUGCAGAAACAAAGAGCAAAGCAUAACAUGUCUCCUGCCACAACACUGUGGGCAAACAAUGAUACACUGCCAGUGGCUAAUAUCCUGCUAGCUCCAGCAGCGCCAGCCAUUACACCAAUCCUUACUCCUACUUCAAGUACCACUUCAUCAACAAAAACCUCCCCCUCCAAAACAGCCAAAGACAGUAGGGAUGUACUCUCUCCUGUCCAGAUGUUGAUCAAUAGUAUGAGUGAAAAGCAGAGUGAUAAACCUGCUGAAGACUCAAAGAAAGGAAGUAAGCAAUACGAUAAUAGACAGGAGAGACCCCAUCAGAGAGGUUCUUCACGGGAUCGACACGAACGGGGUUCAUCCAUUGACAGGGAAUUGGAGAUUACCAGGAGAAUGGAAGAGAAAGAAAAAAGAAAAGAAAGUGAGAGUUAUCGUGAUAGAGAUCGGGAUAAUUAUAAAAGUGACAGAGCACGGGGAAAAGAUCGGGAUUAUGAUCCCUAUUACGACAGGCAGCCACCUCCGAGGCGAAGGGAUCCUUACUAUGGAGAUGAGAGAUAUGAACGACCAAGAUCAAGACACUCUCUUCUUGAUGAUGAUGGAUCAAGUUCCAAAGGAGGGCAAGAGUCUGAUCGACCUAGAUCAAGACAUGACUACAGCAGAGAUGUGGAUAGGCCGAGAUCCCGGCAGGAUUAUGGAAGAGAUCCCUACUACAGGGACAAGUAUGGAAGAGUGAUAGAGGAAUUACCAGAAUACCAUGAAGGCUAUGAGCAGUAUGAUUACUAUAGUCGCCAAGGUUACUAUGACAGACAUGGUUACUAUGACAAAUAUUACAAGUAUGACCAGCGUUACUAUGACGAUUAUUACGGCAGGGGCACCUAUGAAGACAGUUUUAACAGGUUACUGCAAUUCGAUUACCCAAACCAUGGCCAGUGGCAUCAUGGAUACCCCAGUCAAUAUUACAAUCAGUAUGGACAGCCGUAUGAAGACAGUGAAAGGUUCACGAGUCAGAGAGGCUCGCGAGUCCAGACCCCGGGCUCACUGUCUGACACGGGAGAGCAUCAAGAUUACGAUGGAUACCGACAGUUUCAUGGGUCCCGUUCCUCCAGUCGUCAAGGUUACGAUGAUUACACACGUGCCCAGUGGGAUGCGUAUUAUGCCAACUACAACAGGGGUUAUGGUUACGGUUAUGAUUAUGAUCAAGGCUAUGUACAAGAAACGGCUCCUAGCAGGAUGACCCCGGUCAAACAUUCCAUUCCACAUGCAUGCAUCAGAUUUGGUCCAGGAGGUCAUCUUGUCAAGGUCAUGCCAAAUCGCCCCUCUGAAGGUCAACCAGCUACUGUGGAGAUUCAUGACCUGAAUGAAAUGUUACAAGACAACCCUGAGACAGAGGAACUGAAAAACUUCCCUGGGCCACUUGUCAGGGGUGAUACACAUAAGAAUGAUGUACUGACAUACUGCCAGGCCAAAGCCAAGACUUCUGCUGAGAAUGUCCAACUGACUGACCGAGACUCGGCAGAACUCAUCUGGAGGUUCUUAGAACUACUCAUCAAACAAAAUGGGACGUUUGUUGGCACAGACAUUGCUGACUUACUAUUGGACGGACAUGAACCUACCACUGUUGACUAUAGCAUGAUGGGAUUGAAGAUAAAUCCGAGCUCAGAUACACUAGAUGAAGACUUCGAUGACACGGUAGAUAUGUCUGUCAUCACUUCAGAUAGAUCAGUUAUUUCUAGAAGCCGCAAAACCCGAGAGGAAGCAACUGAUCGCUUCAGGCAUCUACUGUUGUAUGGCAGGAAGAAGGAUGCUCUGGAUUGGGCCAUGAAAAACAACCUCUGGGGACAUGCCUUGUUUUUAGCAAGUAAAAUGGACAGUCGUGCACAUGCUAAUGUUAUGACUAGAUUUGCCAAUAGUGCCAUGAAGAUGAACGACCCUCUGCAGACUUUGUUCCAGUUAAUGUCUUGUCGACAGCCAGCUGCUGUUACGUGUGUGGUGGAUGAGAAGUGGGGGGAUUGGAGACCACAUUUGGCCAUGAUUCUGUCUAAUCCAACUGGACGGGACAUAGACAAAAAGUCCAUUAUGACCCUAGGAGAUACUCUUGCAUCCAAGGGUUUUCUGCAUGCUAGUCAUUUUUGCUACAUGAUGGCUCAAGUCAACUUUGGUUCUUAUCAAAAGAAGACUGCUAAAAUGGUGCUAGUAGGAUCAAAUCACAGUUUGCCUUUAUCAGAGUUUUCAACGAAUGAGGCCAUACAAUGUACAGAAAUAUACGAGUAUGCCAAUUCACUAGGAAACCCAUCAUACUAUACAGUCAAUUUCCAGAGUUUUAAAUUCUUAUAUGCAUGUAGAUUGGCAGAAAAUGGAUUUGCUCAAGAGGCCUUGCAGUAUUGUGAAGCCAUUUCCCGAGUGAUCCUGCAUUCACCAACUUUAUUUCAACCUAUUCUAGUCAAGCUUGUGUUUGAGCUGGGAGACCGACUGAAGUACUUUGAUCCUCAGAAACUUCACUCCACAGAAGAUGAAGAUCCAUACUGGUUACAACAGCUGUCAAAAAUUAAUGCUGGAUUUCAGGAUGGAUCUAUUCAACCUUUGUCUGGGAGUGUCACACCCUAUGGUGGAAGUUAUGGAAUGCGUGCAGCCAGUACAGAAAGUGGAGAAGUGGCAGGUUAUAUAGCAGGUGGAGAAUCCACCAUAAUGCCACCACCACAAGUGCCAUAUGGACAGGAGGCCUAUCAAGCCCAGCAGAGCUACCCUACACCAGACCCAAAUGUUACUCAGCAACAGACAGAAUAUUCCCAGGCACCCAACACAUACAAUCAAUAUGGUCAACCUCAGGAAAAUCAACAGCAUGCAGCUGCUGGGUAUGGUUCACAACAAGCUUCAGAUUAUCAGAACCACCAAGAGGCAUACACACAGGGAGUGGAUCCUAAUGCAUAUCAGAAUGCAGGGGUGGACCCAAAUUCUCAGUGGCAGCAUCAAAAUCAGUUUCCUCAGAGUGGCUACCAGCAGUAUGAUCCAAAUCAACAUCUAGUCAACCAACAGACAAACCAACAGACAAACACUGGGAAUGAAAACACACAGAACUACUAUGACCCAAACUCACAAGGUCAGCAUGCCAAGUCUCAAUUCAGUCACCACUCUGCAACCACACAGCAGCACAGGAACAGUUUAAUUUCUACCAACACUGUCACCACAGAGGAUGAGGAAGAAGAUGAUGAAGAAGAAGAAGAUGACAGUUUAGCAGGAUCCCACAACAUCCCAAGUGGAUCAUCGUUUGAUUACUUCAGCGCUGUGGGGGCCAGUUCACAGCAGAUUGUGGCUCCUAAGAUGAGACCGAGAACAAUAUCUGAGACCAGUACAGGCAGCGGUGGACCCCCAUCUCACACCACCUCCACUGCCAAAAAACCUGACACCAUACCAGAGAAAAAGACUGAUUUUAAAUUGUCAGAUGACAAGAAAUCUAAGGAGGGUUGGAGUUGGUGGCCUUUUAAAGGGAAGAAAGACAAGAAUCCUGAUGUCAAUGAAAUGAAGCUGCCAGAUGACAAGAAACCAUCGAUUGUGUGGGAUGACGUUAAGAAGAAGUGGAUAAACACAGAGGAAGGGGAACAGACUAAUGAGCCUCCACCCCCACCCCCUAAAGACUUCAGCAUGGGAUCCUCUAUGCAGCCAGCUAGUAAUGAAGUCCCCCCUGGUGGGGCCCCUCCCAUGGGGAAUAAAUUUUCACUAAGGAAAGGUAAAGGUUCUGUGCCAAAGUAUGUGGAUGUUAUGAACAGCAGUAAGUCCUCGGGUUCAGCCAAUGUUCCGACCAGUCUGUUCAAUGUCAUGCCUUCUUCACAGUCAUCUCCAGCCAUAUUUAGUCCAGGUGGAGAAUCAGACAGUCCUUCCACGCAACAAGAGAACACAUCCACUGGACCAUCAAUGAAUCCACCAGCUUCACAAGCGGAGAAGCCUCCAGCAGGGGAGCUUUCUAGAAACAGCUCUCAGAGCUCAUUUUCUAGUGAAGUCCAACACUUCCUGUCUCAGGGACCUACAGAAAACAACCAGCAACCAUCUGGUAUGCCAGUCAUGUUUAACCCCGCCCAGUUCCAAGGAGGGCAAGGUGAAGGUUUCCAGUCGGGCCCCGCCUCCACAAGGUCAUCAGGUCGUCUGAAACCAGGACAGAGACGGAUGUAUCCAAAGUGAGGCUUGGUUUCAGGAGAGGAUCUGCACACAUUGUUUAUUUCUACAAAAUGGCAUCUGAUCUUAAGAUUUUGAAUUUGUCAGAGAGAUGAUAAUUGCUUAACAAUGGUGUAUUAAAGUGUGUGUGUAGUUAGUGUAAAGCAUGUGUGCAUGGGAUAUGUAUUCAAAUUUAUGAAAUCAUUCUUAUCAUUUACGUGGGUAAAUGGCAGGGUUAUGGUUCACAACAGAUAAUGUGAUCUCUAUAUGUGCAAUAGAAAUAAUACAUUCUAACUAGAAACAAAAUUAUGUAACAAUGGAAAUGAUAUCUUUCUGUAAGAAAAGGUCAAAUCUAGGUAUAAAGGAUAUCAGUAAGUCCACGUACACAGUCUAUAAUCAUGACUGUGUUCUGUUGCUUUGUCUCUAAAUCUCCCGUCUAUAAAUCUCCCCUCUAUAAAUCUCCCGUCUCUAAAUCUCCCCUCUAUAAAUCUCCCGUCUCUAAAUCUCCCCUCUAUAAAUCUCCCGUCUCUAAAUCUCCCCUCUAUAAAUCUCCCCUCUAUAAAUCUCCCCUCUAUCAAGUUUGGUCAUCAUACAUGUGUGUUCUGUUGUCAUGGUAAAGGUUUAGUUAACCAAUGCUGUAAAUGAAUGCAUUUUUCAGGUCUAACUACUCUAGUGGUUACAGCUUUACUUCAUUGUAGAAUUCUUGUAAAUUUUCAUUGUAUCAUCUGACAUUCUUUGAUCAUAUUCUUUCAUGAUCCAUUGGGGGUAGAUUUUCUCCCACUUCCUUUUGUUGAGGGACAAAGGUCUCAUCAAAUUAGAUUUAAUUAUGUUGGUUAUGAAUGUCACUUUCCAUUCUGACUGUAAGGAAACUGUGUGAACGAGAUUUGUGAUGGUAAAUUGGCACUGUGUUAGUCCACUAUUGUAGGACUUUGUAUUAUUGAUGAUGUGCUCUAAAUGUACAAAAUAAAAUUUAACAAUUAUGGGCAUAAGAAAACUAUUAUAGUUGUAAAAGUUAGCGUGAAAGUUGAGCUCAUAAGACUGGGGAUUGGAGGUAUUUUGCAGUUUUAGAAUAGAUUUCUUUUUGUUGAGUUGUUUUUGUUUCAUUUCUUUGACAAAACAUGUAAAUGACAGAGAAGUGUACAGUGGAUGUGGAACAAAGUGCUGGCCACACUUGUGAUAGGAGACUUAGUAAUGUGAUUUACCUGAGAUAAUUAUUUAUUAUGUAUGUAUAACAAAAUAUUGAAAUAUGUGUAAUUUGUACAUUAAUAUAUUUACAUGUGUACAUCUGUGUCUUUAAUGGCAUAAUGUCACAGGAAUGAAUUUUACCAGGACUACAAUGCAAUUGUUCUGCAUUGGGCAUAUUUUAAUCAAUGUAGUUUUUAUGUUGCAUAUUAAUGAUGUGUGAUUUCAGAAGUUAUUAUGCAGACACUAUCAUCCUGGACAUGUUGUAAACAUUUUCACAUUUAUUUUAAGUAAUAUGAUCUUUCAGCAUUUAGAUUAUUUGAUACUCAAGACUGCAACCUAUUACUUCCCUUUAUCUUGGAUACAUUCUUGAAUUAAUAAAAAUAAAACAGAAAUCAAUUCUUUGUAAAUUAAAAUAACACUUCCAGUACUUUUCUUUAUACAUGUAUUGAUCCCUCAGAUGUCUGUAAAGUAACCCCCCCCCCCAAUAGAGCAUUCCUUCUAUAAAAUUAUCAUAUAACACAUUGAAAUGCUGUUGUAUUUAUUUUCUGCAGAUUUGAUUUUAUUUUGUUGCAAAUGAUUGUAAGUUUCACUUAGAUCAUAAGUUAUUUGUGAAUUGGAUUCAUCACAUAAAGUACUGUGAAUUAU